AUGAUGGAGUUGGAUGCGACAUGUUCAGAUCAGACGAGUGACGGAGUGCUCAGAGGACGAUUGCCGGAACAGCGUAAAGAUGAGUGGUCGAAGAUCAAAAACCCGUGUUUGCCUCGGGUUGUUAUCGUUAACGUUGAGAUGCCGUAUCAGGCAGGACCGAAGCUCUUUGGCCAGCAUCCCCACAGCGACCACGGCUUUUCAGUGGCUGCGUACUUCACCAUUAGCCCUGAGAAUGCUCUGAGGACAUUUUUCUUCCCUGGCACGUAUAUGGAUCCCGAGACGGGUCAACUCACUGCUGACGCCCCACCACAUUUAAAGCUGUUGACUGAGUUCUUCCGAAUAGCUAAUUUCCAAAAUGUCCCACAAGGCGCAGCUGCUAACGGCUCCUCCCAUCUGUGCAAAGUGAUCGGUAUCUGCGAAAACCUCAAGGACUUGCAUUUGCCGUCUCUUAUACGCCCGUCCUUGAUCGAGAAGUACAAUGGCAAACCUGUGUUGAUCACCAAGAGCUUGAACACUUUGCGUCAGAUGCGUGUGGAUCCGUCAGGCCGGUUUGAAUGGGUUGAGAUCGACAUUGAUGUGCGGAAUUUUGUCUGGCUGGCUAAGAGCGUCAUGCACCAUAUGCACUCAGCGAUACCACAACUGAAGAUCCAUGUUGGCUUUGUUAUACAGGCCGUGGAUGACUCCCAAAUGAAUGAAAACAUGCUUGGGUCGAUGCGGUUGCGGCAUCUUGAUGUCACCAAGGCUACUCCAAUAACCGUGUGUAAACACAAUGGGGAUGGCGAGAGCACUGCUGCAACUUAA